AUGAGCUCCCGGCACUUCCCUGCCCGCACCGUGCUCUUUGAGAAGGAAUCCAACGGCGUCACCUACCGUGUGCCUGCCCUGCUCUACCUGCCCUGCGUGGCCAAGCUCCUGGCAUUCGCCGAGGAGCGCCUGAGCCCCGAUGAUGCCCACGCCAACCUGCUGGUGCUGCGCCGCGGCACCAUCUACGGGAGCUACGUGGAGUGGGAAGACAUGCGUGUGCUGGAGACAGCAACACUGCAGCACCACAGGUCGAUGAACCCCUGCCCGCUCUAUGAUGAGUUCACUGGCACCCUCUUCCUCUUCUUCAUCACGGUGCUGGGCAGGACUCCAGAAGCCUACCAGAUUGUCACUGGCCAAAAUGUCACCCGCCUCUGCUGUGUCACCAGUGUCGACCAGGGCCUCAGCUGGAGCGCAGCCACAGACCUGACGCAGCAGGUCAUCGGCAGGGUCAUCAAAGACUGGGCAACGUUUGCGCUGGGCCCUGGUCACGGGAUACAGCUGCGGUCGGGCCGGUUGCUGGUGCCUGCCUACAGCUAUCACAUCGACUGCAAGGAGUGCUUUGGACAGCUCUGCAAGACCACCCCUCACUCCUUUGCCUUCUACAGCGACGACCAUGGCCGGGGCUGGCGCUUCGGGGAGUUCAUCCCCAACCUGCAGACGGGGGAGUGCCAGCUGGUCUCAGUGGAUGAGGAGGAUGGCUCCAAUGUCCUCUACUGCAAUGCCCGCAGCCCCUUGGGCUUCAGGGUCCAGGCUCUCAGCACAGAUGAUGGGGCUGUCUUCCAUGGGGGGCAGCUGGUCCAGCGGCUGGUUGAGCCCCCCCAUGGCUGCCAUGGCAGCGUCAUCGGAUUUCCUGCACCAAUUGUCUAUGUCCCCAGCAUGGCCCAGGACACCACGAUGCCCCUCUGUGGCUCAGCUCACUUGCUGCUCCCUGGGAGGCUCCCAGGGUUUCGGUCCCUGCCUGCCCCACAGGCAGCAGGCAAGGAGCUGCCCGCUAUGGCCACCAGCAGCCACCGGGAACCAGCUGAACCCAGGGAAGGCUCUCCUACCCCGAGGCAUCACAGCCGUGCCCAUGGCCUCACCUCAGUCCAAGGGGACCCUGUGGCUACCCCCAGCCCCAGGGGUCCCUUCUUCCAAGCACCAACAUGGGUCCUCUACUCCCACCCCACUAGCUCUAUGUCACGGGUCAAUAUGGGGAUUCACCUGAGCACCUUCCCCAGGGAUGCGGAGAGCUGGACCGAGCCAUGGGUCAUCUAUGAGGGCCCAAGUGCCUACUCAGACCUGGCCUACAUGGAGCUGCCCUACAACCAGGCCUCCAUCUCAGGUGCCCCAGCCAUUGCUUUCGCCUGCCUCUAUGAGAAUGGGACACGGUCACCCUAUGAGCAGAUCUCCUUCAGCAUGUUCACGCUGCAUGAUGUGCUCCAGAACAUCCCCCUGACAGCCGCUGCUUCCCGGAAGGACAGUGGACCCCUGCGCCGCAGGAAGUGGGGGCGAAGAUGCUGCCUCAUCUCCUAG